AUGCAUAGCAGGGGUUCUUCUCCCUCCUUUUCAGGAAGGCAGUUGGUGGGAAGCCCAGCCUGGGUCCUUGUGAGCAGCAGGAAGGAUAUGCAGCUGCUGUUGGCCCUGUUGGGGGUCCUGCUGGAGGUGCCUGGGGCUCCAGCUUUGUCCCUUGAGACCUCUGAGGAAAUGGAGCUAGAGCCCUGCCUGGCCCCCAGCCCAGAGCAGCAAGAGCAGGAGCUGACCGUGGCCCUUGGGCAGCCUGUGCGGUUAUGCUGUGGGCGGGCUGAGCGUGGUGGCCACUGGUACAAGGAGGGCAGUCGCCUAGCACCUGCUGGCCGGGUACGAGGCUGGAGGGGCCGCUUGGAGAUCGCCAGCUUCCUACCGGAGGAUGCUGGCUGCUACCUCUGCCUGGCACGAGGCUCCAUGCUUGUCCUGCAGAAUGUUACCUUGGUUGUGGAUGACUCCUUGACCUCCAGCAAUGGUAAUAAGGACCCUAAGGCCCACGGGAACCCCUCGAAUGGGCACAUUUACCCCCAGCAAGCACCCUACUGGACACACCCUCAGCGCAUGGAGAAGAAACUGCAUGCAGUGCCUGCUGGGAACACUGUAAAGUUCCGCUGUCCAGCUGCAGGCAACCCCAUGCCCACCAUCCGCUGGCUCAAGGACGGAAAGGAUUUCCACGGGGAGCAUCGCAUUGGAGGCAUUCGGCUGCGCCACCAGCACUGGAGCCUGGUGAUGGAAAGUGUGGUGCCCUCGGACCGUGGCACAUACACUUGCCUCGUGGAGAACUCUAUGGGCAGCAUCCGCUACAGCUAUCUGCUGGAUGUGCUGGAGCGGUCCCCGCACCGGCCCAUCCUGCAGGCGGGGCUCCCAGCCAACACCACAGCUGUGGUAGGCAGCGACGUAGAGCUGCUGUGCAAGGUAUACAGCGACGCCCAACCCCACAUCCAGUGGCUGAAGCACAUCGUCAUCAAUGGCAGCAGUUUCGGUGCCGACGGCUUCCCCUACGUGCAAGUCCUGAAGACAGCAGACAUCAAUAGCUCAGAGGUGGAGGUCCUAUACCUUCGGAACGUGUCAGCCGAGGACGCAGGCGAAUACACCUGCCUGGCAGGCAACUCCAUUGGCCUCUCCUACCAGUCAGCCUGGCUCACAGUGCUGCCAGAGGAGGACCUCACAUGGACAGCACCAGCACCUGAAGCCAGGUACACGGACAUCAUCCUGUACGUGUCAGGCUCUCUGGCAUUGGUUGUCCUCCUGCUGCUGGCCGGGCUAUAUCGAGGGCAGAUACUCAUCAGCCGGCACCCUAGGCGGCCCGCCACUGUGCAGAAGCUGUCCCGCUUCCCUCUGGCCCGACAGUUCUCCCUGGAGUCAGGUUCUUCAGCCAAGUCAAGCUCGUCCUUGGUGCGGGGUGUUCAUCUCUCCUCCAGUGGCCCUCCCUUGCUCGCUGGCCUUGUGAGUCUAGACCUACCUCUCGACCCUCUGUGGGAGUUCCCCCGGGACAGGUUGGUGCUUGGGAAGCCCCUGGGUGAGGGCUGCUUCGGGCAGGUGGUGCGUGCAGAGGCCUUCGGCAUGGACCCCGCCCGGCCUGACCAAGCCAGCACUGUGGCUGUCAAGAUGCUCAAGGACAAUGCCUCCGACAAGGACUUGGCAGACCUGGUCUCUGAGAUGGAGGUGAUGAAGCUGAUCGGCCGACAUAAGAACAUUAUCAACCUGUUGGGUGUCUGUACUCAGGAAGGGCCUCUGUAUGUGAUUGUGGAGUGUGCCGCCAAGGGAAACCUGCGGGAGUUCCUGCGGGCCCGGCGUCCCCCAGGCCCCGACCUCAGCCCUGAUGGGCCAAGGAGCAGCGAAGGGCCGCUUUCCUUCCCUGCUCUGGUUUCCUGUGCCUACCAGGUGGCCAGAGGCAUGCAGUAUCUGGAGUCAAGGAAGUGCAUCCACCGGGACCUGGCUGCCCGAAACGUACUGGUGACAGAGGACAAUGUGAUGAAGAUAGCAGACUUUGGGCUGGCCCGUGGCGUCCACCACAUUGACUACUACAAGAAAACCAGCAACGGCCGCCUGCCUGUAAAGUGGAUGGCACCCGAGGCCUUGUUUGACCGAGUCUAUACACACCAGAGUGACGUGUGGUCGUUUGGGAUCCUGCUGUGGGAGAUCUUCACUCUCGGGGGUUCCCCAUACCCCGGCAUCCCUGUGGAGGAGCUGUUCUCACUUCUGCGGGAAGGGCAUCGGAUGGACCGGCCCCCAAACUGUCCCCCAGAGCUGUAUGGGCUGAUGCGUGAAUGCUGGCACGCAGCACCUUCUCAGAGGCCUACUUUCAAGCAGCUGGUGGAGGCACUGGACAAGGUCCUGCUGGCCGUCUCCGAGGAGUACCUGGACCUCCGCCUGACCUUUGGACCCUACUCCCCUGCUGGAGGGGAUGCCAGCAGCACCUGCUCCUCCAACGACUCUGUCUUCUGCCAUGACCCCCUGCCACUGGGGCCCAGUUCCUUCUCCUUCCCCGGAGUGCAGACAUGA